CCAAUACCCACUGGACCCAGCCAAACCUGGUGUCAAAACGGCACAAAAAGCACGAGGACGGGAAUACCCGAAUCCAGUUCUUUCUCAUCUCUUACUCUCAUCCGUAGCCCCUAUCUAGAGUCUAGGGUUUACAAUUUGGGAUCACCGGAAUCCGUUCGUUUACCAUUCGACGUUUUCACAGGAGAGUUGUUUUCUGCAUGAGAAUCGUGGAGAUGAGUUGUUUUUUUCUAUUGGAUUUCAUCCAUGAACCAGCGUAAGAGGUAGAAAUUCCGAUGUCGCCGCUGAUCUGCCUCUCUAUAGGGGUGAACAUCGCGAUGUAAUUAGGGUUUCAGAAGCUACGCCUUCCAUUGCUCGAAUUGAUGGAACUGAGUGUUUGACGGCGAUGGCUGCUGGGACCGAGGAUUAUAGGGUAUUUCCUGAACUUGCUUUUGGAGAAAUGGAUGCUAAAGCUGAAAUCAGGUUUCCAGAUGGAGAGGUAUGUGAUUUGGAUUCAGAUGGUGGAAAUGUUGAUUCGGUAGCAGAACAUGUGGAGCCGGAGAAGGUGAGAUGCGUAGAAGCUAGUGUGUCGCCGGAGAUUGAUUCCAGACAAGUAGUUGAAACAAUGGUUUCUAGGGCUUCCGUUCAAACUGAGGUCCAGCCGUUGUGCACGGAAAACUUUGCUUAUGACUUUCAAGAGACAACGAUGGAGGAUGCGACGACGAGCGGUGGAGUGAUACCUGAGGUUUCUUUUGGAGAAACGAGAAGAGAUGCGGAAGCAACCGUUGAGGCCAUUGGCUCUGAUUUUGAUUCUUUAUAUUCUAAGGUGGAUGAGAAUUAUGCUCAUGAGUUGCCAGAGGCGGUGGGCGCAGAAACAGCUAGGGCAUUGAGAUUUGGAUUUAACAUAGGGGACAUGGUUUGGGGAAAAGUCAAGUCUCAUCCAAUGUGGCCUGGACAAAUCUAUAAUGAUGCAUUUGCGUCUCCUUCCGUUCGUCGGUCAAAAAGGGAGGAUCAUAUUUUGGUGGCUUUCUUUGGUGACAGCAGUUAUGGAUGGUUUGACCCAGCUGAUCUUGUCCCUUUUGAGUCUCACUAUGCAGAGAAAUCACGACAGACAAACUCUCGGAAUUUCUUGAGGGCCGUUGAGGAGGCUGUUGAUGAGGCCAGCAGGAGGAAAGCUCUUGGGUUGUCUUGCUAUUGUCGGAGUCCAUUCAAUUUUCGGCCGACAAAUGUUAAGGGGUACUUUGCCGUCAAUGUAGCCGGCUAUGAGCCUGGUGGAGUUUAUUCAGUGAAGCAAAUUAAGAUGGCAAGAGAUAACUUCCAGCCAGCUGCGAUGCUUUCAUUUGUUCUGCAAAUGGCAUUGACGCCUCGGAGUAGUGAACAUAAGGGCAUUUACUGGAUCAAGGAUAAGGCUACUGUUCUAGCUUACCGGAAGGCAGUGUAUGAAGAGUAUGAUGAAACCUAUGCUCAGGCAUUUGGAUACCAAACAUCACGACCUUCUCGUGAUUCAAUGGGGGUAUUAGAUCAACCUGAGAAAUUUCUAUUUCGAGGUAUUAGUUAGUUCAUCUACUAGUUUUUGCAAAUUUUGUUUGCUUGAAUAUCUCUUAUUUUUUGUUUAAAAUUCUUUAAUGUGGAAUCAUGAGCUGUAUUUCAUCAAUUUGCACUUUUCAAUGGUUUUCAUGUUAGAGUUGUUCUGAGUCUGCUAUUUGUUUUCAAAUGGUGUGUUAAUGUUUUACUAGACUGUGCAUGGAACAUUGACAUAUUCUUUUUUUUGGGCAUGAUGUAAUGUAUCAUUUUUACAUUGUAUUAAAACUUAAUAUCUCUGUAUUUGUUAUGUAUUUAAUGUUAACCUUGCCUACUA